CUUGGUCGUGUCCCGGUCUUUGAACGCUGCAGUAACGUGAGUUCAUCGGUCCGCUGGUUUAUUACAGUCUUUUUUUAUUUUCCGUAUCUGCAGAGGACGCGCUGCUCGCUCUACAGUCAGGAUCUUCCUGAGCCUUGAGGUCAGAGGUCAAAGAGUCAUGGGGACCAGGAGGGUGCUGGUAACCGGGUGCUCCUCUGGCAUUGGCUUGGCGGUGGCCGCACGCCUGGCCAAGGAUGAGCUUAGACGGUUUAAAGUGGUUGCCACAAUGAGGGAUCUCACUAAACGGGGACCCUUGGAGGAAGCCGCUGGUGACUCCUUAAACAAAACCCUGGAAAUCAAAGAGUUAGAUGCCUGCUGUGAAGCCUCCAUCAGAGAGUGUGUCAACAGCCUGCCGGACAGACGAGUGGAUGUUCUUGUGAACAACGCUGGUGUGGGCAUGAUCGGACCCCUGGAGUGCCAAAGCAUCGCUGCCAUGAAGGAGCUCUUUGACACAAACUUCUUUGGCCUGGCACGGCUGGUGAAAGAGCUGCUGCCGGACAUGAAGCGGAGGCAGAGCGGCCAUAUUGUGGUGAUGAGCAGCGUCAUGGGAAUACAGGGGCUUCUCUUCAAUGACGUCUAUUCUGCCUCCAAAUUUGCAGUGGAAGGAUUUUGUGAAAGUCUGGCAGUGCAAGCCAUGAAGUUUAACAUCAAGACGACUCUAGUGGAACCGGGCCCCGUGGUAACAGAGUUUGAAAGGAAAGUGUAUGAGGAUGCUGAGAAGAUGGACCUAUCAGGGACAGACGAGGAGACCGCCAAAAUCUUCCGUGAAAUUUACCUGCCAUACUCUAAAAAGGUCUUCGCCUCAUUAGGCCAGACACCAGAGGAAGUGGCUGAGCAAACUGUUGAGGUGAUCACAGCCAAGGAGCCUCCUCUGCGCCACCAGACAAACCGCCUGUACAUGCCCAUGACCGCACUGAAGCAUGCAGAUCCGACUGGUCGACUGCCUCUGGACACUUUCUAUAAGAUGAUCUUUAAACACGACAACGUGUUCAAUGCCACUCUCGGGGUUCUGCGCAUGCUGCAGAAGCGGGCCGGGAAGAAAUAGAGAUUUCACUGCACAGACUAUAAAUGUUAUUCGCAAGAAGAUGAUCACGGUUGUCACAGUUUUUUAAGUAUAAUGUAACCGUAAGGUGACAGAAGUUUCCAUCUGUACAGCAGUUAACAUGGCACAGACUGUAGGAUGUUGUCUGUACA